GGUCACACACAAUAUUUUUUGUGUUUUUGUGCUCUCUCCUUUCGUCGGUAGUGCAAUAUUGCAAUACAAAUUACAUAAAAACGGGAAAAAAGCAGGCAAAACUAGAAGAUCGCGGUGAACGGGCAAGCGAAUACUUGCACAAACGCAACGGCGAAAAAGAUGCAAGAACGGGAAAAACGUAUUUACGCAUUACGCAGCGAGUCGUUGAUUUGUCGUUGUUUUUUGUUUUUAUAAUGCCAAUAUCGGGGUAGCUGCACCAAAUGCAGUUUACUGAGAUCUCUUGUGAUGUAGGCAAAACAUAUUCAUAAUAACUACAAACAUCAAUAACAGAAAACACCGAAAUCAUUACUCUCUUCUCAACAACAACAACAACUGGCAGAACCACUACAACAACAGCAAUAACUGCGUCGAUUGAGUGCAAUCAACAAUUACAACGCAAUCAGAACAAAGAACUACCAGCAGCAGCAGCAAAAACAACAACAAACAAACGGUGGACAGUGCGGAAAACGAGAAGGGGGAAGAGGAAGAAGAACAACAAUAGCAGAAGACGACGCAUAAUUUCCUCUCGCUCACACGGACACUCGCACACUUGCACUCACAAGUUCGCUUGCACAAGGAGAGCGCAACAACAAAGAAGAUCGAAGAGCGUGGGAGAGUAAGAACCGAGAAGCGAGCGAAAGGGAAAGGAAGCGGAUAAAGAGUGGGGGCGCAACUGCAUUUCUGGAUUUGGAUCUGGAUCUCUGGACAUAUCCAUACGUAAAAUGACCAAUUCGGGACGAAAUCAUCAUCGAUUCGACUUCCUGUUGCAGUAAGUGAUUUAAAAAUAAUAAAACUCAAAAAUAAGCAGAGCAGCGCCGGCGAGAAGCCGAAAAGCUGAACAGCUCAAAAGCCGGGAGCAACGUAUUGAAGACGCAAUUUGUGAAUAAUUUAAUCGAGCGUUCACACGGCGCCAGCUGUGAAAAUAAAGAGAGAGAGUGCCGAAGAGUUAAUUGAAUCGGCAGAGGAGCAGCGCACGCAGAUAAGAACCGGGUAUGUUUGCCAGCACCGCCGAGACGGGCGUCAUGGAGGUCGGCGGCACCAGUGGCACUAGCAACAGCAGCAGCGGUAGCAACAACAGCAACAAUGGCGGCACCGGCAGCAACAGUGGCGGCGCCGGCGGCAGCAUCGAGCUGCUGUGCCCGCCCAGCGGCAGCAGCAGCAUCAGCGGCAGCGCCAGUUUCAGCAGCAACAGCGGUGCCAGCGGCAGCAGCAGCCAGACGCACAGCACGGCCGUCAGCAGUGCCACAGAUCGCAGCAACAACAACGGCAAUCACAAUCCGAGCUUACAACUGAAUGGUAAUGGUGGCAGCAACACGAGGCAACACAGCAGCAGCGGCAGCAACAGCAGCAGCAACAUAAGCCCACCCCCCAGCAGCAGCAGCAUAAGCAGCAACAACAAUAAUCACAGCAGCAACAUCAUCAGCGGCUUCUGCAGCACCAUUUGGCGUUCGGCCACAUUUGGCAGUGCCACGCCGGUGAUUAACCCAUUACCGGCGGUACUCAUUAACCCCAAGAGCAUGGAGAGCAGCAGCGACAGUUGCUCGUUGAGCUCCUCGACCACGCCGGAGCUUUGCCUGGCUGACCAGCAAAGGAACAUGGCCGGCAGCGCUCAAGAGGAUCAGACAGAGGAUCAGUCCCAAACAUUCCUAGGCGCCACCGAACUGGACGAUGAGUUAAUCAAACAACUGCCAAAGGAGGUACUGCUGCGCGUCUUCUCCUACCUGGAUGUUGUCUCACUAUGCCGCUGUGCACAGGUAUGCAAAUAUUGGAACGUGCUGGCCCUCGACGGUUCCAGCUGGCAGAAAAUCAAUCUAUUCGACUUUCAACGUGAUAUCGAGGGUCCAGUGAUUGAGAACAUAUCGCAGCGAUGUCGCGGUUUUCUCAAGUCACUGUCGCUGCGUGGCUGCCAGUCGGUGGGAGAUCAGUCCGUAAGAACUCUAGCGAAUCACUGCCACAAUAUCGAGCACCUAGAUCUGUCGGAUUGCAAGAAGAUAACCGAUAUAUCCACUCAGUCCAUCAGCAGGUAUUGCUCCAAGCUAACGGCCAUUAAUUUGCACUCGUGCUCCAACAUAACAGACAACAGCUUGAAGUAUUUAUCCGAUGGCUGUCCAAACCUCAUGGAGAUCAACGUGUCCUGGUGCCACCUGAUCUCCGAGAACGGUGUGGAGGCGCUGGCUCGUGGCUGCGUCAAGCUGCGCAAAUUCAGCAGUAAAGGUUGUAAACAAAUAAACGACAAUGCCAUAAUGUGCCUGGCCAAAUACUGUCCCGAUUUAAUGGUGCUAAAUCUACACAGCUGCGAGACCAUAACAGACUCAUCGAUUCGCCAACUGGCCGCCAAUUGCCACAAGCUGCAGAAGUUGUGCGUGUCCAAGUGCGCGGACCUCACCGAUCUCACUCUGUUGUCCCUCUCGCAGCACAAUCAGCUACUGAACACCCUGGAGGUGUCUGGGUGUCGCAACUUCACGGACAUUGGCUUCCAGGCGCUGGGGCGAAACUGCAAGUAUCUGGAGCGGAUGGACUUGGAGGAGUGCAGCCAGAUUACAGACCUAACGUUGGCUCAUCUUGCCACUGGCUGUCCCAGCUUGGAGAAAUUGACCCUUUCGCAUUGUGAGCUGAUUACGGACGAUGGUAUUCGACACCUCACCACUGGCAGCUGUGCUGCCGAAAUUCUGUCCGUGCUGGAGCUCGACAACUGCCCCCUGAUAACCGAUCGAACGCUCGAGCAUUUGGUGUCCUGCCACAAUCUGCAGCGCAUCGAGUUGUUCGACUGUCAGCUUAUCACCCGCACCGCCAUACGCAAGCUGAAGAACCAUCUACCAAAUAUCAAGGUGCACGCCUACUUUGCCCCCGGAACGCCACCGGCUGUGACCAGCGGCCACCGACCACGCUAUUGCCGCUGCUGUGAGAUUCUCUGAGAUACGGCCAUCGGCUUCGCCAGAAAGAUAAUGCGAAAGACAGCAACGGACUGAUGCUGGCCCGUGUGCAUCGUCAUGUUCGCUAUGGUAUUCAGCCUGACCCUCGUCUCGAUGAUCUGCAUGUACUUGCUGGGCCUGCUCGACGCGGCGAUGACCACAUAGCCACCAGAUUCAGAUUGAGAUCCGACACAGCAGAAGCAGCAUCAGCAGCAGCGGCUUGAUCGAAACCGAAACCUAACCCUAGUUUUAAUUUAAAGCGAGUUUCAAAAACUCGCACAAAACCAGCAUCAAAUUGUGAUUAUUUUAUUUAAUAUGCUACGUUAACUAGACCCUCACUUGUGUAAACUGUAUUAGCCCCCACACUCUAUGUUUGUUAUUAACUGCAGCCUGAUGAAUUGCUAGCUUAUAUAGAUCUGUAUAUAUACAUAUAUGUAGUCGAUCCACGGCAGUUUCAGAUGGUUCCGCUGAAUGUUCUGUGUCUAGCCUAAAAACUGCAAUUAUGUGCGUUUAGUUUUAACUCUCAUAUACGCAUGCCUGUAUUAAAUGUUUGCUAAAUUAUGACUAAAUUAAAAAACCAUCUGAGGCAUGCUUUGGAUUUUAUCUCUCACUGGUCCCAAAAACGAAAGAAAAAAGAAAAUACUGGAGUUUUCCAAAUUCCGAAACAUGUCGAUAGAACCACAAAGCGUUCAAAACACUUACUAUCCGAGAUACUAUUAAUUUCACUUUUAGUCCACUCAAGUCUAGUGCCAGCUAAACUGUUCAGCAAUUAGCAUUAUCUAUGUAUAGCCAUGUAUAUUACACAACGAACAAACGACUCACACUGGAUCAUAUUCCCCGAAACACAAAGCGCAGUACCCACAUCAAUAAUCCAAUAAAUCUAUAUACACCUUUUGGGUUCACACAGAUAUUUAUACAGACUAUUUUGUAAUGUAUUAUCUAAUGAAAAAUGUAUAAAAGGGCCACGAAAGUUAUCGUUGAGCGAUAAGCUCACAGUCGGUCCAACACCACUAAGUAGAUAAUAUAGGAUUUUCACCACUGAAAGGUUUCCCCUGUCCAGAAUAACUAUAUCCAAUCCUCUAGAGAUCGAAGCGAGGCCAAAGUUGUGAGCUGGGGAAUUGAAUAAACAAUGUCGUGACGAACGCCCCUAACCUAUUACUCCCACAGCAAUGCAAUCCCUCGACACACACAGAUAAGCACAAUAAAAAGCAAAACGAUACCAGAUGAGAUAUUUUCCUGAUUCUUUUUAUUCUGUCUUAAUGUUAAGCUAAGCAAAUGGUGUCAUACAAACAUAUACCUACCAUAUAUUUUCCUAGAAAGAAAAACCAAAAAGAAGUCAAAAUCAUAUUUACACAAAAAUACAAGAAAAAGAAAAUUGCAAACGGAUAAAACAAGAGUUGUAAGUUGCGUAUUUUAACGGAUCUUUCUGUCUGUCUCUUGUAGUGCGUUUCAACUUUGUGUUAAAACUGUUUAACAAGAAAAGAACUAAAGAAUCACAACUGAUAUGUAUUAAUUAGACUUAGAGUUGAACAAAGAACACAAAAAAUAAAUAAAUAUAUAUAUUUGGAAAAUUGCCGUUAAGCGCAAUCGAGUUCCGUACCACGCAAGAAAAAACUUUUGGUUCAAUAAAAUUUACAUCUAAAAGGAGAAUUAAAUAUAUACACCUCUAUAUAUAUAUAUAUAUAUAUAUGUAUUAUGUAAAGGCUUUACAAUGCAGACUAAUAUAUUUACAUCAUAUGUACGUGUGUAGUUUUGCAAACAAAAAGUAAUAAAAGAAAUGAAAUUAACAAGAAUUAAUAUUGCAAAACACAAAAAUAUGACAUUUUAAACUGAGAAACGUUUAACAUAAAUAAUAUUUUAAAUAUCAAGAAAGCACACUGUGUUUUAUUUAACAACAAGAUUUCGUAGAAAAAAUGCUUGCUAUCCAUAUAACUUAAAAAUAUUUGGAUUUCAGUUUCAGGUAAGUAAGCUUUUCAUCAAACAUAAAUAUUUUGUUUUAUACAAAAAAGUAUUUAAAUAAAAAGUAUUAUUCGAUUAGUUUUGCUAAAUAAACCAAUUUUAAAAAAGUUUCUUUUCAACAUGCUUUCGUGUCAUACAGCCUUAACAGCGCAGCGCACUGGGAUUUUCACCACACCGCGAUAGGGUCACAUUGACCCGCCCACAGCUGGUCUGGUCUCACAGUCUCACCUCACAGUUGUUUUGUUGGGAAAAAAAUAAACAAUAAUUUAGGUAGUGUUGUGCGCGACCGAAAAGUGGAAAUUAUGCGAAUCUCGACAGCGAAAAGGCAAUGCGAUGCUGGCAAUGAAAGUGUAGGCGUGAGUUUUACCGAUAUUCCAGCCUAUCGGCACUCUCAGGGCACCUGUGUUGGCAUUUCCACCGAUUUUUUCGCCUGUGGAGCUGCAAUGGCGCAUAAGUUGAGAACGAUCAAUUUCGCUAAAUAGAAAGAGCAAUCAAGGAUAAAGAGCGGUGUGUAGAGAGAGAAGAGAGCGAAGCGAAGAGAGCGGUACGUGGGUGCAGUCGAAAAUAGCAAAAAAGAACCGUUUUACCCGUCAAAGAAGAGUUCAUAAAUGGCCAAUACGAGUGGGAAAAGCCAAUGAAAGCUGGCAAUCGGUGGGUUAUAUAAAAAAUAUAUAAGUAAAUCAAGUGCCACGAAAUGCAGGCUUGCAAAAAUCGAAAAUAAAUCAAUGAUAUAGACGCAAAGUCCAGGAAAAAGAAGAAGCAGCAGCAACACAGCUGAGUGCGUGUGUGUGAACGCUGAUUGCCUGCAAGUGUUUUUGUGUGUGUGAGUGUGUGCUCCGAGCAAGUGAAAUCAAUAAUGUUUGCAGCUAGAAGCAAUUAAUAAAAACUGCAAUAAUGUCAAAAAAUCUAAUUGAGGCAACAAAUUAGCAAAGCCACAAAAGCAGGCUGCACUGCGCGAAAAUUGUGCCUUUCCACGGAUCUUCUGCUGCAAAGCGAAAGAAG